AUUAAACGUGUCGCAAUGAGAUUAAGCUUUGUCAGCAACGUGUCCCCCCCCUCGAGGAGGGGAGCGCGGCCCGGGGCCAUAGCAAUGAGGGGAUUUACGGCCGGGAGCACUUUCUUAUCUGAAUUAACUUCUCGCACCCGCGUACACAACAUGGAGGGGAGCCCGGCUGUACGCAGGGGAGGCCAAGAAAACAUGAUGGAGUUGUGGGGGGGGGAGGAAGAGCGGCGCUGUCCGACUUCCCUGAAGCCGGCAAUGGGAAGUGGUACCUGGAUGCAAGAGGCUCCUGUGAAAGGCACGACCUUUCGAGUGCACACAUGGGAGGAGGUUACAGCUGGCCGAAGGGCUCCCUGGGCAUCUCUGCUCACCCGUUUCCAUUCCAAAGACUGUGGUUUAGAGAAGCACCAGCACAGCCCCCAUCGAGGUGAGCUCUGCGGUCACUGCCCACCCCAAGGAACCAUCACUCCUCCCAAGGGCAUUACUGGUGGCUGCUGGGGAUUGAAUGAAGGUCACAGGGGUCCUUCCCCAUCUCUCCUCGUGUGGAUUCUCUCCACCACCUGCUGUGUUUUUAAAAGCGCUGGAGAGACCUUGGACUCCCCUGUGAAACUCCCCAGGGCCCAGGGCAGAUAUCUCUUAGCUAAAUACCCCGAUCACAGGCAGCUCUAACAGAGCUGCCCGCAGAUAAAGUGAUUGAUCCUUAUACCAAUCAAUAAAGAUCUUGUUCUGAGCAAU